AUGUCUUCAGCCGAGCAACCACCUGAUCCUGCAGCGGCAGCAGCAGCGGCUGCCGCCGCCGCCGCCGCCAUGCUUCAGUUCACAAUCGAGGCCUGGACGCUACUGUCAGUCGGUAUUCUCGUGACCAUACUUCGAACGUACGCCCGCAUAAAAGCUGUAGGACUUAAGCAUUUACAAGCCGACGACUAUCUAGCUUGGGUUGGAGUGACCUUCUACGCCGUCGAGACUAGUCUGGCCUACUCGGUCGGUGCUGUUGCUCAAGGCUUGGCAAACAAUGGUAUGACGGACGAGCAACGUGCUACAUUAUCUCCAGACAGCCAAGAAUAUAAGACGAGGGUCACCGGCUCACAGAUCCAACUCGCCGGAUGGUCUUCCUACUCAGUGCUACUUUGGUCACUCAAGGCGUCACUAUUGGUCUUCUACAUGCGGUUGACGGCUGGACUGAACCGAACCUAUCUGAUCCGUAUCUACAUUGGUUUUGGACUCCUCAUCGCUAGCUUCAUCGUCAUCUUAAUGAACUUAUUCCUCGGAUGCCGACCCUUCCACAGAUACUGGCAAAUAUAUCCUGACCCAGGAAAUACCUGCCAACCAGCCGUAUCUAACGAAGUUAUCUGGGUGUACCUCUCGAUGAAUGUCUUAACCGAUCUUUAUCUGAUUUCUAUUCCUGUUCCCAUGCUCUGGCAAUCGAGUUUAAAGCCUGCGAAAAAGUUUGGCUUAAUCGUUCUUUUCAGCGGCGGUUUAUUUGUCGUCGCGUGUGCUAUUCUUCGUUGUGCUCUCAUCGUAACUGAUCCGGUCAACGGAGCUCAGCUCGCUGGAUCGUGGGCUGUUCGGGAGACCUUCGUUGCCGUGGUCACGACUAACCUACCGAUGGUCUUCCCUCUCAUCAAGAUGUGGCUUUCACCGGUUCUCGGCUCACUCAUCACGACGGUGCGUUCGCAGCAAAAAUUGACCGACAAGGAAUCGAAAAGCGAUCUUCGUACGUUUGGCGGUGGAAGUCAUCAGAGCUGGCGACGACGCGGGCCCCCUACGGCGAACCCGAUCACGAACUUUACAUUUAACGAGAGCGAGGAACGAAUAGUGGAUGAUGUGAAGAUGCAUGAUCUGAAGGGUUGGACCGACACGAGCACUAACGGCAGCUCUCCGAUUAGUAAUAAUCACAGUCACAAUAUCCACAAACACGUUGAAGUUGAGGUUGUUAGUGAAGUGCGUGACGAGAGAGACCAGACGGAUAACCGACGUCCGGUCAUUGGCGAUGAAGAGAACCAGAUCCACGGGAACUACUCUUUCGCCAGAGGCCCUCGAAGGUCAAGCUACACCGGCCACGGUCGUACGUAA